GCGGGAGUCGGCGCCUCGGGUUCCUUCCCCGCGCGUCCUGAGGCGGCGGCGGCGGCCGGGCGUCCUCCCCGGGAUGGCCUUCAUGGAGAAGCCGCCGGCCGGCAAGGUGCUGCUGGACGACACGGUGCCGCUGACAGCAGCCAUCGAGGCGAGCCAGAGCCUGCAGUCCCACACGGAAUAUAUCAUUCGGGUGCAAAGAGGAAUUUCUGUAGAAAAUAGCUGGCAGAUUGUUAGAAGAUACAGUGACUUUGAUUUGCUGAACAACAGCUUGCAGAUUGCAGGCCUAAGUCUACCUCUUCCUCCCAAAAAGCUGAUUGGUAACAUGGACCGUGAGUUCAUCGCUGCGAGACAGAAGGGUCUGCAGAACUAUCUCAACGUCAUCACCACAAACCACAUCUUGUCGAAUUGUGAACUGGUUAAGAAGUUUUUAGAUCCCAACAACUAUUCCGCAAACUACACUGAGAUUGCCUUACAACAUGUUUCCAUGUUCUUCCGGUCAGAACCAAAGUGGGAGGUUGUAGAACCGUUGAAAGACAUAGGAUGGAGGAUAAGGAAAAAAUAUUUCUUGAUGAAGAUUAAAAAUCAGCCAAAAGAGCGGCUCGUGUUAAGCUGGGCUGACCUUGGCCCGGACAAGUACUUGUCAGAUAAAGAUUUCCAGUGUCUCAUCAAACUUCUGCCUUCCUGUUUGCAUCCUAACAUCUACCGGGUUACUUUUGCCACAGCCAGUGAGUCUUCAGCAUUGCUAAUUAGGAUGUUUAAUGAAAAAGGAACUUUGAAGGAUCUGAUCUACAAGGCGAAACCAAAGGACCCAUUCCUAAAAAAGUACUGCAAUCCUAAAAAGAUCCAGGGCCUUGAACUCCAGCAAAUAAAAACAUAUGGACGGCAAAUACUAGAGGUUUUAAAGUUUCUGCAUGACAAGGGAUUCCCUUAUGGGCACCUUCAUGCCUCCAACGUGAUGCUCGAAGGAGACACUUGCCGGCUGCUAGACCUUGAGAAUUCCUUACUGGGUCUGCCUUCCUUCUACCGAUCUUACUUCUCACAGUUCCGGAAAAUCAAUACCUUGGAAAGUGUGGACAUCCACUGCUUUGGCCACUUACUGUAUGAAAUGACUUACGGACGACCACCAGACUCAGUGCCUGUAGACUCCUUCCCUCCUGCACCAUCCAUGGCUGUGGUGGCCGUGUUGGAGUCUACGCUGUCUUGUGAAGCCUGUAAAAAUGGCAUGCCCACCGUCUCCCGGCUCUUACAGAUGCCAUUAUUCAAUGAUGUCUUACUAACCACAUCUGAAAAGCCACAGUUUAAGAUCCCCACCAAGUUAAAAGAAGCAUUGAGAAUUGCCAAAGAAUGUAUAGAGAAGAGACUCGUAGAAGAACAGAAGCAGAUUCAUCAGCAUCGGAGACUGACAAGAGCUCAGUCACACCAUGGAUCUGAGGAAGAGAGGAAAAAGAGGAAGAUUUUAGCACGAAAGAAGUCAAAACGAUCUGGGAUUGAAAAUAAUGAGGAGCAGUCCACAAAGCACAACUCCAAUAACUCAGCAGGGUCUGGGGCCAGCUCACCUCUCACAUCCCCAUCAUCACCGACUCCACCCUCUACAGCAGUAGAGCAUGCACCAUUUUGAACGUGAAUUUUCGGUAAAGUAAGCUAUGGUGAUUUCUCUGUCUUUAAAGAUGCUCUGUUUCUGCCUAUGAAAUAGGAACUAGGGUGUCUCAAUCACUUGAUAAAGAAAUGGGAAGGCAGACCUGAGACAGGAUCCCUUAUCUGAAUAUUUCAAUGAAACACAGCAUCUUUAAAAAAGCACCCCAAGUAACUUCAUGGAUAUUCAUUACAUUUUCAUCAUGACCUUCAAAGUCUUCAUUUUCACUCCAUCAUUAGUCUCACAGUGCAGCUCCAAAGUCUAUGAAUAAACUGCAUGGCAUUUUGGCACAUCUUCAUAUUGGAAACCACGACUCUGAGUCUUGUCAUUGCUGCUGACAUGUGGGUUCUUAGUCUAAUGAAGGACAAGGGUGUUAGGCAGAGGAAUUCUCCAUCCUAGGGAGACCUCUUACUGGCUUUGCUGACCUCAAAGGGGUAUGGGGGAUCGCUCCUUUCUCAUGCAUCCCUCAUCGUUCUAAGGUUGGGACAUGAGUACAACCUUGCCUCCUCUGCCUGAGGUGAAAGUGGCUCAUUCAAGCUGCGGGAUGCUCUCAAGUCUCCCAAGAGUAGGUGUGGGUCCACUGUGGCUGAAGGGUGAUCCAGCACCCACUUGUCCUCACCACCUUCAUAGGUGGAUCACAAAGGAGCUUGGAGUUCUACUGAUAGCCCGCAGUUGAAAUUGGACUAAGGACAGGGGACACUUGGGCAUCCUUUGCAGAAAAUAGUGGAGAAUAUUUCUGCCACAGUGUGUCUCCCCCCACCUAACACACAUACACAUCAGAUCUACUCCAAGUUCUGGCUGUAGCAGCCUUGUGCUCUAUUUCAGGGCCUCCACUGGACUGCCAGGUGCCCAUUGGGUCUGGUAGAUAUGAUUCUGGGGAGGAUGAAGGAGGUUUUUGGCUAAGAGAAAGUGAGAUGGGAGACAUCAGCAGUGGUUCAGGUCUAAUUGUAGAUGAGCUGGCUUGGAGCAUCCCCUGUGCUUGUGUGGUUUCUCUUAACCAUCAAGAUAGCAUGGAGUCUGCCCACUCCUGUCUGUGGCCUAGUAUAAGGGCUGUUUGAACCCUCUUGAUGUGAAGGAGCUCAUUCUUUCACGUUUGCCACCCUUUCUUAUUGCCAUUGUUACCAGCAUGUUAUGUAGCCCCAAUGGACCUUUCAUUUUGUCUUUAAAUUUUAAUUUUUAAGUGAUAUAUAAUCAUUUAUGGCAUUCAGUGUGACAGCAGAUUGGUGUGAUUGAAUAUUCGUCUCAUUUGUCAUUUUUGUGUUGAUAACAUUUGCACUUUGAUUUUCAAAUGUCUGGUUGGUCACAAGGGCACAGUGAAUGGUUUGUUUCCAUGAGCUCAACCAGUUUUGUUCUGUGCCAAGAUGGCAACCUAUAUCCCAGAGCUAUCCCCUGUCCCCCUCCCCAGACCUGUGUAUCACCUUCCAAAAUUCUGGGCUGGAAGAGUAGUGGUCUCUGGAUAGUCAGUUCCAUGCCUUUAAUAAAAGCCCAAGGCUGCUGCAGCCCACCUCCUGGUAUAUAACCCUGCAGUGAUUCUUCAGCCAGGGGUCAAAGCACAAAACAGAAACAGAAACCCUGGGCAUUCUUUAUGGUGCCCGCUGGGCCCUGAAUGUGAGUCCAGAUUGCGCUGCCUUUUUCUGGACACUGGGAGGAGUGUGUACUGGGAGGCAUUGGCAUCCCCUUGCCCCCAAGUGGACGGAACUCACCUCUGCAGGACCUCUGGGUGCUGAACCACUAACUCCAAGUUCCAGGAGCUUAGCCAAGGUCUCCCAGGUCCUUGUAUCCCACAGGUUGCUCUCCCAAAGUCCUCCUCCAGAGCUGCUCCUAUCACUUGUCAUUCGCUCACGUUCUCUCACCUCAGUGGUCAAUUCAAAAGUUUACAGCCUUCUUUAUCUUUAUAACUCUAUGACUUAAAGGCAGGAACAUAUGCCCAUGAGCCUCCUAGCAGAGAAUAUAAUGGAACCUCAUUCAUGAUCAUUUUUUAUUGUGUAGAAACAAUGAAAAUUACAUGUUGCUCAUUUGUCUGUUUUCAGUCUUUGUAUUGCUCAGCAUGAGUGUGAGUGUAUGUUUGUGUGGUCCUUUAUUUUCAGCUACCUUAGGUUUGGGUAAAAGAUGUAAAGGAAGGUAAGUGGCUUUCUGUGAAUUGUGAGACUUUAACUGCUGUCUGUCACACUUGGUGAAAAGGAUGUACUUACUGGAUUUUUUUAUUGGUAAUGCUAAACAGCUCCUCCCCCUCAGGCGUCCUUUCCAUUCACAAUGGAUGUCUCCCUAGUGUAGCUCCAGGAGGGGUGAGAGGGGAGAGGUAGUAACAGACAGAGGGAGUCUCUGGGAACUGCUGUGUUCUCAAGGGGUUGGGCAGCUCACUAUGAAACAGGAGUGUUCUUCACGGCAGGGUUUUUUGUUUGUUUGUUUUUCCCUUUCUUGUAUUCAAUACUUGUCUCAAGAGAGCAGUUCACUUGUUCAUUCAAGCAUAUAUAUUCAAAGGUGUGUGUGCCUGGAAGUGGAGAGCAGUUGUAGGUAGAUUCCUGUCCAGUACCCUUCUCCUUGCCCGCCAGGGUGCAGCCCAACCUCCAAGAGCUUCCUGACACUUCUGCAGUUCCUGUGAGUUCCUGUGACUGCCACUGCCAGGGAGUGAUCCCCUGGAGCCCCUGCCUCGUGUUACUCGCUCUUAACAUUUUAUAUUCCUUUCAUAAAACCUAAGACAGACUCCCCUUGGGAAACACAUAACCCAGCAAACACCAGUGGGUUCCUUGUUGAGAAUCCAAAGCAGUUUGUCAUUUUACAUGACAUCACACCCUUUAGACACCAUGGCGGUUGGAGCAACUCAAGAACUGUUGUAUUCCUUCUAAGUAACUGGCAUUGCCAGCCACCAUACUCUGUGUAUACAGAUGUAUACAUUUAAUUGCAGGCUCAGAAGUUGGGAGAGUUCCCUGCAACCUGGCUAAAGUAGCUUUUGGGAGCAUUACAGGGAUUUGGAAAUGGGGUCAGUUUCAUCGGAUGCUGUAGCACUGUGUGUGCUUUCGUAUAACCUGUGAUAUUUGUUCCAAGUGUUUUUUCCCAUGACUGUUAUUUAAGGCAAACAGCAGCCUUUAAAUACUUUAAUUUUAUUUUUUAUUGGCAAGUCAGAGAUGCAGAGAGGAAGAGUCUCCUGUUGGUU